GGCUUGGCUGCUGCCACCAAAAGUGUAACCUAGCAACCUGAACAUAAUCAGGCACAAAGUAAACAGACUUUUUAACACAAGUGAAGUAACUUUGCAAGUCUCCCUCCGAGCCCUGGGUACAGCUGGGGGACUCAUUCCCCAAUCUGUGGAAGCAGUGUACAUGUGUACAUCUGCUAAGGAGAAGAUGGAGAUGCUAAGGAGCCCAGUUGCUGGCCCAUUCAAAGGAAAAGACAUCACAGCAUUUGCAGGAAAACUCACACAUGCGGCCCUGAACAUGCCACUGCAGUUUAGUAUGGAGGCCAUGAGACCCCAGUCGAAGAACAACUCUCGCUUUGGCAACCUCAGUCACCAUUCUUUCUUCUCACGGCACAACCCCCAUCCUCACCGAGUGACCCACUUGCAAGGCUUAAAUGGCGCCCCCAUCUGUAUGGUUAAUGAUGGGUGGUCUGUGCUGACCCCUCUAUCGCCUCAUCCAAUGAUAAAAGGCCAGCUCUCUACUACUGUACUGGGGGUGCCUGGGGCCCAACUGCCAAUUGGAGAUCCACAUAGUAAUCUGAUCCCCCGGCUAACUGUAGGCCUGUUGUCAGAUGCAUGGAGAGAAGAACUGAGGGAACUCACUGCCAGAGUUAGUGCUUUGGCUUCCUCCUCCACUGAAAUGGAGCAAAAGGAGCAGGUGGAAGAGCCCCGGAGAACAACACAAUACUCAGCAGAAACUGGGCGUCUCAUCCCACCUUCCUCUCGGACAACAACCCGCCACUCAUCCCACCAGUUGUGCCGGAAUAAUGCAAAGAACAAAGGCAAAGAUGCUGCCCUGUCUUUGCCAGACCAAGAGCUGGUAAUUUUGGAGCUGCUGUGUCAGAUCCUGCAGACAGACUCCUUAUCGGCUAUUCAGCAAUGGCUGCUCACAGCUGGUCAGAGGGGUGAGGAGAACCUGGAACCUCAACAGGGUGCCUGGGCAAGAGGAAUAGAUACCCACUUCUAUUCUCAGAAAAAGGAUCUUGUUAUGAAGAUGUUACAGACUGCAACUGCCAACCUAAAACCGGAGCCCCAAUCCUCAGGCAUCAGCAUGGAGCAGAGGCUUCAGUCCCAGAUGUCCCAGACUGCAGUGAGCCUGUCCUGCAGAGGGCAACUCUUGGGAAGGAAUCAUCCAAUCAGAUUGUCUCAGAGACAGAAGCAAGAACCCAUUCCAGAGGAAGACAAGCCAGUGCAUAUGGGUACUGCAGAAGUUCUCCAGUUCCCUUUACCCCAGGAUGGAAAGUAGAACCUGCCAAAUCCACCUAAUUAACAUAGAAUCAUCUCUCAUUCCUGAUGGAAGAAGCUCAAGAAGUGCUAACAUGCUAACGUAUUUCCUGCUAUAACUGUACUGAUUUACUCUCAUUAUUCACUUAGUGAAAAAGUUCUAGUGAAAAAGUGUUCUGUAGAAUACAUAAGAAAGGCAUGCAGUAUCCCCUAAUCUCUCACUUCAUUUUGAGAUCUAAUGUUGAUAAAUGGCAAGUUUAAACAGAAUUUGUUUAAUGCCUGUGCCAUUGGCAUUAAGUCAUACUGCAAAAUGAAAUGAGUCUCUGAAAUUUUAAACUUCCCCAUAACUAUAGCUGCUUAAAGUUCUGCUUCUGCUAUGCUCCAGCUGGGUAAUGUGUGGAAUCACAAAGAGAAUGUGGCAGUGUUUUGUCAGUGGUCUCAGAGACAGGAGGUGCAGCUUUGAUACCAUGAUCCCUGAAGUGGGCUGAGUCAUUGAUUGAAAGAUUGGCCAUUAAGCAUUUCAGUCCUUCCUCUAAUAUCCCAGGGGUAGCAUUGAGCAAUUGCUCACCAUUCCAAAGGACGCAGAUCAGUCCUGUCAGUACUUGUUUAAAGCCACUGGAGGAGAUAGAGCCAUGCUGGGUGGGAGAGUCAUCAACAUAUUAACAAGUAUCAGAGGGGUAGCCGUUUGAGUCUGAAUCUGCAUAAACAAUGAGAAGUCCUGUGGCACCUUAUAGACUAACAGAUUUAUUGGAGCAUAAGCUUUCAUGGGCAAAGACCCACUUCAUGCAUGCAUCUGUAGAGGAUGCAUGUUUUGCAUUCUGUCAAAAUCACUUAUGGCUGCCUGUUCUUACUGGAUCCACCACUGAUGCUCCUGUCUUUUCAGGUGGCUGUGGUGGCCUGCAGUAGUAAAAUUCCUUUUGUAAUAUGACUUUUCUUCCCAUGUGGAUUUUAUAACAAUCUUCCAUGUCUUUGUGUCCUCCUGACUCGGUUACUGAAAUGUGCAGAUUUCUUUGUUACUAAUAUCAUUGCAUAUCAAUAAAAAAUGUAA